AUGCCCACAAAACUCAGCGUGCGCGACAUGCAUGGCCUCGGAUUCGCGCUCAAGGAAGCGCAGAACUCAUACGACGAAGGAGGAAUCCCUAUUGGAUCUGCGCUACUUUCAUCGAAAGGGGAACUGCUCGGCAAGGGCCACAACAUGCGUGUUCAACGCGAAUCACCCACCCUUCACGCUGAGAUCGCCGCGUUAGAGAACGCAGGACGGCUUUCCGCGGAUGUGUAUAGAGAUGCCACUAUCUACACCACACUGAGUCCUUGUGACAUGUGCACCGGCGCGAUCCUACUCUAUCGUAUACCUCGGGUGGUAAUCGGAGAGAACUCGACCUUCAUGGGCGGCGAAGAGUUACUACGUGCGCGUGGAGUUGAGGUCAUCGUCGCGGAAGACAAAGCGUGUCAGGAUCUAAUGGAGAAGUUCGUCAAAGAGCGGCCGGCAAUUUGGUUCGAGGACAUCGGCGAGGUAGAAGGGUCUUCGGUCGCGAGUUAA